AAAUACGUAAUAGUAACUAAUGACAACGAACAAUACUUGAUUGAGAACAUUGGGUGUUUGUGAAUUGUGACCCACCCAAAUUCUGAAUUCUGAAUUCCGAUUCAUUGGAUGGCACUCUCGUGGCGACCCUUCACGCUCACCCGCAUCACCGACCUGUCACUCUAUCCUCUCCACCCUCCCAAGCCACCGCCACCGCCGUCGCUCUUUCUCCUCACCCGCCGCCGCAGCUUCCUCGUUUCCUGCCUCGUUGAUGGAUUCUCCGACGACGUCGUUUCGACCCGCAAGUCCUCCUUCGAUCGCGGAUUCACCGUCAUCGCCAACAUGCUGCGCCGCAUCGAACCCCUCGAUAACUCCGUUAUCUCUAAGGGCGUUUCUCACUCCGCCAGAGACUCCAUGAAGCAAACCAUCUCCACCAUGCUCGGUCUUCUCCCCUCCGAUCACUUCUCCGUCACCGUCACCGUCUCCAAACACCCCCUCCAUCGCCUUCUUUUCUCUUCCAUCAUCACCGGGUACACGCUGUGGAAUGCGGAGUACAGGAUGUCUUUGAUGAGGAAUUUGGAUAUUUCAAGUUCAGAGGCCGAAGGGUUGGAUUGUGAAACGACUUCUGAGGUUUUGGAGGUGAAGAGUGGAGGAGAGGGUGAUGAGAAAAUUGAGGUUGUUUCUAAUUUGGAAAGUUGCAGCAGUAGCCCCCGAGUGUUUGGAGAUUUGCCUCCUCAGGCUCUGAAUUACAUUCAACAGUUGCAGUCUGAGUUAACAAGUGUUAAGGAGGAGCUGAAUGCUCAGAAGCAGGAAAUGCUGCAAUUAGAAUAUGACAGGGGAAACCGGAACAAUUUGUUGGAAUAUCUACGGUCUCUGGAUCCUGCUAUGGUAACUGAGCUGUCUCGGCCUUCGUCAGUGGAAGUGGAGGAUAUUAUUCACCAACUUGUUCAGAACAUAUUGAGAAGAUUCUUUGUGGAUGAUGCUAGCUCUAGUUUUAUGGAACAAUCAGUAGAAGGAAACAUAGACAAUCAGUUAGACAGUGGUGAUGAGUUUAGUGAUAAAGUAGCCACUUCUCGUGAUUAUCUGGCAAAGUUGCUUUUCUGGUGUAUGUUAUUAGGUCAUCACUUAAGAGGGUUGGAAAAUAGAUUGCAUCUGAGCUGUGUUGUUGGACUGUUGUAGAGAAGAAGGUGAUAGACAUCUGAGCUAGAUAUGCUGGCAGAUGAAACGGAUGAUAGACGUAUGCAUUCCCUUGUGACAUGGACUGCGAUCAUGCGUCAAUGUUGGGCUGAAUCCAACUCCAGAUGCAACUUCAAACUCUCGCGAAGCAAAGCUUUUGUACAUUAUUAUUAUUCUCCCCUUAAGCCUAAGAGAAAAAAUAAAUAAAAACUACCAUGCACAAGUUGUUGAAGUGGAAUGAUGUAAUUACUGCAUCUUUGUUAUAAAUUCUCCACUCGAAAACUUCAACGUCAUAAAUAAGAAAGGAAGGGGGUGUUUGGAAGCAUUUUGUACAAAUUUUAUUAUAAGAGCGAUCUGUGACAUUUUUGGUAAGUUUUUCUGUUUAAUUUGUUUCAGCUAGAUUUACGACUGAACUUGUGAUAUAAAUUCUCAUGUAAGUAAGUGUUAUAUUAAGCCAUUU